AUGGAUCAGAAGACUGAAAAGGCUUUACUCGAAUAGUAGAAUGAAUUACUAGAGUUAUAGUUAUAAGAAUUGAAGGAGAGAGAAGAUGCAUACAAAAUAUUUAAUGAAACAAUUCUCAAUGCUUAUAAUUCAAUGCAAAAUGAUGUGAAUAAAUAGAAUGUAAAGUUAAAGUCCUAUACUUGUAGAGUUUAGUUUAUAAACAAUUAUAGUAGACUUUGGAAUAAUAUUCUCAGGAGUUGAUAGAAUCUAAAAAUAGAAAUACAGCUGUCUUAGUUUAAUUAGAGAAGGAAAAUCGACACUUAAAAAAUUAUUUAGAAUAGUUAGAGCUUAAGAUAUAAGAAUAAACUUAGAAUUAGGAGAAUGAACUUUCUGAUUUGGAAUAGCAAUUUGAAAAUCUAUAAUAACAGCAAGAAACUUUAGUGGCUGUAAAACCCAAGAAAAAGAAAUAACAAUAAGAUAAAGAAAACAGUAAACCUGAAUAAGGAGGCGGUGGAGGUUGUAUUGUAUCUCUUAAAUAAAAAAAUGAUUGCGGGAAAAAGAAAGAGUUAUGCAUUAGCAAUGUCUUAAAUUGUAAGGAUUCUAAUGUGAUGGAGAUCUCCCAAUUAGAUUGGUUGGAUUCAAGUAGUCCAACUGGAUUAUUCAAAUAAUUUUAAUUGCAUUAAAGAGGAAGAGAUCGUUCUGAUCAUUCAUAAAGGAUGCAGCAACCAUAAUUAUCUAAACGAAUAUUUAGAGAUUAAGGAAAGAGUGAAGAUUCUGUCAGUCCUCAAUGUUUAAGAAAUACAACUCCCAAAAAUAAUUAUAUAACUCCAGAGUCUAAAUAAUUAAAAUAUGAUUUAUAAUCUGGGUAUGCGAAUAGAGGUGAAUGUAAUUAAGCAAAACAAGAGAAGAGAUCUUUGGCAGAAUUUACUAAACAAAUAAAUUCUGUUAGAUCUACUGAAAACUUUUAAAUGAUUCUUAGAUAAAGUUCAAUGGUUUGA